AUGAGCGAUGAUAUAAGUCACAAUGAUGCAGAAAUACAAAGUAAAAAUACUGCAUCAUCUUUUGUAAUUAAUGAAAAUAUUUUGGGUAUGGAAGGUAUUCCACAAAUUAAUACUACAAGUACGAGAUCCAAUGUAACAAUGCCUGCUCAAGCUGAGCAAACUAAUGACUAUCACGAGACUCCUAUUUCAAUAAAACACCAAGAUGAAAGUGAAGAAUAUAAAAAUUCAAUCUCCAUUCCACAGUCUAGAAAUAAUAUAGAUAGAAAGGGAUCGGACCAGUUGAACACACCUAUUACAAACGUAACGGAUGUUGCAAAUAUAUCUGGAGAUAAUGACCAACCAUCAAAUGACCCUCUGAUAAAACCAAACGAACGAAAUAUACAACCAUAUGAAAAUAACAGUGGCAUGGUGACUAUUUCUAGUAAUUCCGAAUCCCCAGAUUUGGGCUCAACUAAUGAUUCUAAUAUAACUUCAGAUGUUAAGGACCAUGAACUUUCGCUUACAGCUAACGCAAGAUCGAUAAGUAGUGAAUCUAUUAACAGUAGGAAGUUACAACCUUCAAACCAAGUUUCGCCCAAAGACUCUUCGGAGAAGCAUACCGAGGCUUUAACUAAUGCUAUCGUAGCGAACAUCGAUGAAAAGUUCAAUGCUAUGAACACAAGAUGUAGAGUAAUUGAAGAGGAAUUACUAAAGAGUAAUACAACUAUAUCUGAAAGUUUAAACAGUAUAUCUCUAUUAAUGCAAAAGUUUUUAAAGAAUCAAGAAAUUUUAAAGAUGGAAUUAGAAACCAUAAAGAGAUCACAGUUGAAGAUUGAUGUAAAAAAUGUCAGGCAUAUUUCAAAUAAAACGAGACGAGAAGGGAUGGUUGAUUAUGAAGGUGAUGUUGAAUAUAAAAUUAUAUCAAAGAACUUACUUCGUGAGAGAGCUGUUUCAGCUAGGCCUCAAAGUGACUCUAAGAAGAGAAAACUUUCUUCGAAUGAACAAGCACAACACAGUCAAUCUCAGCCAGCAAGACCGGUAAAACUAACUAAAAUACAAAGAAUAGCGGAUGAAGUUUUUCAUAAAUCUCAUCCUGAAAUUUCAAAAUCUACAGACACCAUUAAACAGGUUAUAAAGCCUCUUAAUGGACCUAGUACCACUAUGGAUUCAAGUCACCUUAUCAAGAAUUCUGAAAAUUCUGGAAUUAUCCCUCGAACUACUUCAAAUAUCAAUUCCAAUACUGGGAACAGUGCCAGGUCAAAUGAUAACGUCGUAAUAACACAGGAAGACCCAUCUACGUUUAAUUUCAGACGUACAAACGAUCUUUACAGUAGUACAACCUCAAAUAUUUUAAAGCUUGGCGUAUCUGAUGCUUUUGGUAAACAGUUAACUUCUGCCACCUCAAAGCCCACUAAUCAUAUUAUAGAAAUGAAUCGCCCAAAUAGAAUUUUGGGUGCAUCUAAUUAUGUUGAGACAACGACAACUACACCAAUUGUAACAACUCACAUCUCUGUUCCUCAAUCAAAAAUAAAACAAGAAGAAACUUCAUUAUCUUUGCCUGAACCAGAUGCCAUUCAUGAUAUACCCGAUAAUUAUGAUGAAGGACUUGGGGACACUAUAGUGGAUCCGGGAUAUCAAGAACCUGAAAGAAAUAAUGUUGUUACUGAUAAUCACACAGAUCAAACUACCGUCGAAGAAAAUCCUGCUGAAGCAAAGGAAGAAAUUAGAAGACCUAAAGUAAAGAAUUUUAAAUUGACAAUAUUAGGCGGGCAGAAGCGCGCCAUGCAAUUAUACAUUGUGGAUAACAUCAUCUAUACAGGUGAUUCUCCAUAUUCUGCAAUAAGUUUUGUUUAUUUUGUUGAUUUGAAAUAUAGUGAGAUCCGUAGAACACGUGAGGGUUCAAGUUCAAAUUUUACAUUUGGAUUUCCUCAUAUAUUAAUUGAUGAAGGUGAUAAAGCUAUGCAAGUAUUAGGAAUGAAUUUAAUGACACCUGAUUAUCUUCCAACUGUUGAGUAUUUCUUAGGUGAUUUCUUACAAGCGUGUCAUUUAGUUGAUGAUAAAUUAAGCCCUGGAUGUACAACAGAGACGUGGAGGAGGUAUCGUAAUUUGUUUGUGUUAUUGAUGAACUGGCGUCAACUCGCUAGAGAGAAACGUGGAUUUAGAAGAUAUUCUAUACUUCACGCAGUAAAAGAGAUGGAAAAUUUUAGAUUACACACUAGUCCUAGAGCUUCUGCCAUUGCAGAACCAUAUGCGCUUAAUAAAAUAAAUCAAAGAAAGAUUUGUGAAUCAGGUUUGGUAAAAGAUUGGAUGUUUCAAGUAGAGACUACACUUCCUGUCAUUGGACAAAACGGAAUAGAUGAAUCAAACAUCAAUGCAGCAUUGGACGCAUUGUUGAAACCGCCACCAAAUAAUCCAGAUUUUAUCCCUUAUGCAUUAGUAAAAGCACCUAAAGGUGUUGAAAUUGUAUAA